AACAUUUCCAUCCGAAUGUUCAUCCAAGAAACAUUUCAACACUUUUAAUUAUUUGCUGCCAAUCGUCUUCUGUUCUUUAAAUCUGCAACAUAAAAUGAUGAAGGUCUCAUCGUCUGUUUUGUCGAUUUUUCUCCUCAUUUCGGCCGUGGCGAUGACGACCGUGCCCGCUGUUGGCUCGAAGGUGGGCGGCAGCGGCGGCAACGGCGGCAACGUAUUGACUGUUAGCUGGGGAAACAAUUGUGAAUAUCUUAUUGACGAUUACCUCGAUGUGUUACCCAGUACAAGUGUUGAGCAUUGCGGAGGAGAUUGCAUGGCCAAUCCUGCAUGCACUUACUUCUCUCAUGCGGAAGGAGUUUGCCGCAUGUAUAACCAUCCCAACGGAUUCCCUAAUAUCAACAACAAGGCACCAGGAUGGACUUGUGGUUACAUUUACCAGCGUAUUACUCUGCGCCGAUAAGCAGGUGAUCUGAGUUGAUCUAUAGCGCAUGCAAAACCUCGGAAAAUAUGGACACAAUAAUGUAAUAUAUGCAAUUGAUUCCCUCGAUAACAGCAAAAAAAUAAAUUGGAAUAAUAGUUGACAUGUUCGACAGCAUCAAAACUGCUGGCCAAUAUAUUUUCAUUGGAGUUCAA